AUGGCCUGGCAGAUGAACAACCCGUUUGUGGACUCGCAGCAGGGGUUGCCGGCCAACUUCAAGACGAUUCCUCUUCCAGAUGACAAUUUUGGCUUCGAUCCUGAAGUGUACGGAGAAAAUGAAGACCUCGACUCAAUUCUAUAUGACCUUGGCAUUUCCGAAGGAUACAGCCAGCAGCAGACCAAGUUUGAGAAGAAACACUCGAGACAGACCAGUGGCUCCGGCAUUUUUGGCUACGUGGGCUCUGGCGACGAUACACAGCUGGCUAUCCCUGGGCUCCCCGUGGUGGACAUUAAGAAUAAAAAACCGUUGUACCAGCCAAUAGAACGAUACAUUGAUAGCACAUACAUUACAAACAGCGUUUCUUCGCAGACAGCACCCAAACCUGCACCAGAUUACUUUGUGACUGGUCAGCACGACGGCUACAAGUUCCCCCCUCCAAAGCCGGAAAGCAGGCAGGAAACCCCAAUCAAACCACAGGACACGGCAGGUUCUGUCUCUGGGUACACGCCGCUACGUGCCACUAGCAGCUAUUCUGCCCAAGAACUCAUGACUCUGAGACAGCUACAAGAUCCAAAGGAAAGCAAGUCUGCAAAUACUCAGUUUACGCCGAUCAAGGUAAAACACACCUUUGUGGACAUUAAGACACCGACGCCACAGAAACAGCCCGCGCAUUUCAGCUGGACACCGACGCUCAUCACUAAAAAAGACUCCGUUUCCGAACAGAUUAUCCAGGAACAGCGCAGGUCUCCAACGAAAAAGAAAAAACCAACCAUCACCUCGACGCUCGAGCGUGGUGCGCUCGACGUGCAUUUUGUCGGGCCCGACGAAAACGACAUGUUCAAAUGCAUAUACAACGACUGCGGCAAGCUGUUCACGAGAGUUUCCAACAUUAGAGCACACAUCCAGACGCAUCUCUCUGACCGGCCGUUCAUGUGCGACAAGUGCGGCAAGGCGUUUGUGCGAAAUCACGAUCUCAGACGACACUACAAGGGCCACGAGGAAUUCAAGCAUGUUUGUCCGUGCGGCAAGAAAUUCCCACGACAGGACGCUUUAAAGCGUCACCGGAUCAGAAAUAUAUGCAUUGGCGCGCUGCCAGACGAGAAGGGCGUGUUCAAGAAGAAACAACGGCCCGUGGCAGGCGCUGUGCCGGACGCCAAACGAGGCCGUCCGCGCAAAGUCGACGAGAAGACCGAACAGAGGCUGCUACAGGACCUCGAUACGCCGCAGUUCCAGCCGUACAUGGACACAAGCCCGUCGAUCUCGCCGGACAUGGGCGUGGGGCAACCGCUGGACGUGAGCUUCAAGGAGCCGUUCAAGGACUCGUUCUACUACGAGGCAGGCGAGUUCGCAAGCAGCCUGGAGCCCGAGUUCUCCUUCAACGUUGACGACUACGAGUUUGGCCGGGGUGUAUAG